AUGACACAAACUCAAUUUCAAGUAGUAAUUUUAGCAACUGAUAAAGCAUCAGGAAAUUCUAAAUUAGAACCAAUUGAUGCUACAAUCCCACAUUCAUUAUUACCAAUUGCAAAUAGACCUUUAAUUUCAUAUCAAUUAGAAUUCUUAGAGAAAGCUGGUUUUGAAACUAAAAGUGAACCAGUCAUUAUUGUAGUUAAUGAAACAUCUCAAGAAAAGAUUAAACAAUAUGUAUCAGAAAUUUAUAAAGGGAAAAUUGAAGUUGAAUUCUUUGUUUUAAAGGAUCAAUUAGCAACUUGUGAAAUUUUAUAUAGAAUUAGAGAUAAAAUUAGAUUGGAAUAUUUUAUGGUAUUAAAUGCAAAUUUAGUUUUAGAGGAUACAUUCAUUAGACAAAUGGCAGAUUUACAUAGAAAAGAAGAAAGUUCACUUACAGUUUUAUUAAAACCACCAACUCCAAAAGUUGAACAAAAAGGUAAAGGUGCAACUGAAACAUCAACUAAACAAGAUAAACUCUUUACUGAUUAUAUCGCUUUAGAAGAGAAAUCUCAAAAAAUAGUAAUGAUGGAACCUGCAACUGAAGUUGAAGAAGAUUUAAACUUUAAUAAAUCAUUAUUAAAAUAUUUCCCAAAUGUAACGAUUUAUACAAAUUUACAAGAUACUCAACUUUAUAUCUUUUCAAGAUGGGUAUUAGAUUUAAUUAUUGAAGAUCAAAAAGAAAAGUAUCCAUUAUUCUUUGAUAUUAAAAAACAUUUAAUUCCAUAUUUAUUAUCAUGUCAAAUUCCAAAUAUUAAACGUAAGAGAGCAUUACCAGCAAGUGCAUUCAAUCAAAAUCAAACACUCUCUCAAACUAUGUCAUCAACUACCUCACCUUUUGAUCAAUUCUCUGAAUUAAAUGCUCAAAAGAAUAAAACAAUUAAAUGUUUUGCUCAUUUAUUAAAAAAAGAAGGUUAUUGUAUGAAUGUAAAUACAAUUAAAAAUUAUCAACAAAUUAAUAGAGAUAUUGCAAAAGGUGAUUUACAAUAUCUACCAAAUGAACCAAAAUCAGAAAAGAACUUUUUUAUCGAUCCAACAGCAAAUGUUACAAUUACUCAAGUUGGUCCACAAUGUGUAAUUGGUACAAGUACAACAUUGGGUGCUAAAUGUAGUGUUAAAUUCUCAAUCAUUGGUAAACAUUGUAAAAUUGGUGAUGGUGUUCGUAUUGAAAAUUCAAUCAUUAUGGAUCAUGUAAUCAUUGAAGAUAGAUGUGUUAUUAAUAGUUCAAUCAUUUGUAAUGAUGUUUAUAUUAAAUCUGGUUCUUCAACUGUUGGUCAAUAUUUAACAAAAUAA